UUUCAUCUAUACACUUAUUCUGUUCCGCAUAAUAAUGGGUAAAAAUGAUCCUGUUAAGCGAAGUGUUCUGAUCUGUAAUACUUUAUGAGUAAUCUAGUCCAAAAUUAAGUUUAAUUUUUUUGAAUAUUUCAACAUAGUGUGUUUUAUUAAUCUCGAUAAGCGAUUCCAAGAAUGACGAAUGCCAAGAACAAAGUAAAAUAUCUAAAAAUACAGGGAUCAAAUUACGUAAAAAAAAUUUAGUCACUAAACUAAACAAAUGUAGAGUGUUAUUCUACUUGCUAAAUAUGACGAUAUGUUUUGCACAGGAAAUGCAGUGAUCAUAAAAAAAAUAUUUUGGUAAAGUUAAAAACGAAAUCUCCAAAAAUAUUCAGGAUUACCAAAUAAUUAUAUACAAUAAAAUUUUAUUCAAUAUCAGAUAAUUAUUACAAAUAUUACACUUAAUAUUAAAAGUAAUGUUGCAAUUCUGUUUAAAGCCAUUCAAUUUGACAGCUAGAAGUGCCGGAAUGGUUUGUGAUUGGCGGUGAAUGUUCUGCACCGGAUCACUAUUGGUGUAGACGAGGUCGGUGCGGGGGUGCGGGGCGCCCGGCGCCAUUACGAACAAUGGCCGUCAGAAUGGUCGUUAGCGAAUAGCUUUUAUCUCUUUCUAAUAUAAGCCACGCAGGUAGGAUUUAAUGAGACGGAGAGGGUUCUCGCGGAUCGGCCUCGAUCGUAAUUGCGUCUCGCUCGCACGCACGUGGUGUGUUUCGCUGUCUCGAGCGCGGCGCGCGGCAGCGGUAACGCUCGCCACGACGGGGAAUUCGGAGUCGUAGAGCCUCAUACGCGGGUCAUAAACGAUCCGCGGCCAUAGUAGAGGUGCACGCGCGAGAAUCGAUCCGAAUCGCCGGCGAUAAACGCAUCUCCCGCGAGGCGAUCGUCGCGCGCCGCGUCGCCGCCGAGCGAUGAGUUCCAAGUUCAUCAUCGAUAGCAUGCUCCCGAAGUACCACCAGCAAUUCCACCACCAGAAUUUGUUCGCGAGUGCUGGGGCGUCGCCUAUAGAGGCGUCGCUGUCAUCUUCGCUGUCGUCGUCUCUAUCGACGUCGCUGUCAAGUUCGCUGUCUGGCGGGCUGGGAGCGGCAGCGCUGGGGGCAGGCUCGCCGGGCGCCGGCAGCCCGCAGCGGUCCUCGUCCUCGUCCUCGGCAUCGCCGGGCGCGCCGGCGAGGAUGUAUCCUUACGUGUCGCACCACCAGCAGUUCGGAGGUUCGGUGCCGUUCUCGGCUGGUGGCGGCCUGUCUGCAGCGGAUGACAAGAGUUGUCGGUACCCGACGGCAGUUGGAGGAGACCCCAUGGUGAACUACGCGCUGGGCCAGCACAAUGGCGGGGCGGCGGUGUCCGCGGCGUCGGCCAGCAUGGCAGCCGCUGCUCAGUUCUAUCAUCAAGCAGCGGCUUCUGCGGCAUCAGCUGCGUCCGCCGCCACCGUGGACGCCAUGGGAGCUGCUUGCUCGCAGCCCUCUGCUCAGCCCCUGCCAGACAUACCGCGUUACCCCUGGAUGUCCAUCACUGAUUUUCCAUUUCCAGAUUGGAUGAGCCCCUUCGACCGGGUGGUCUGCGGUGAGUUCAAUGGUCCAAACGGAUGUCCACGAAGGCGGGGCAGACAGACAUACACGAGGUUCCAAACACUAGAACUAGAAAAAGAAUUCCACUUCAACCACUAUCUGACACGCCGGCGCAGGAUAGAGAUAGCACACGCGCUCUGCCUCACAGAGAGACAGAUCAAAAUCUGGUUCCAGAAUCGACGCAUGAAGUUAAAGAAGGAGCUGCGAGCCGUGAAAGAGAUCAACGAGCAAGCCCGCAGGGACAGAGAGGAGCAGGAGAGGAUGAAGCAGCAGCAGCAGGAGAAGCAGGCCAAGCUGGAGAACCAGCACCACGGGCACCACGUGACCCACCACCACGACCCGAUGAAGAUGCCCAUCGACAAGGGCUCCAACGACCUCCUCAAAGUGAACAAGGUCCCUACGUAAGGUGUCGUGGCGCCCUAGGAAAUCUUGACUGAUUCUGUAUCAUAUAGUGUGAAAGGAAGUGUUACGUCCAUACGGACCUGCGGGCGUUAGUCGAUUCGUAUCCACUAGUUUUAUGUUUUCGCGGCGGCGUCGCCCUCGUUAUGGAGAGCGGCCUCUCGGUUUAUGAAUAUGUUCCUUUAGUGCGAAGGACUUGCCUCGGUGUCGUUCGCUGGGUGGACAGGCUGGUGAUUUGCUUUAAGCAUUUAUUUUGUUGCCAUAACCACACCUUGUAUUGCAAUAAUAUUUUACUAAAAUAUACAAAAACGUGUUAGAAUCGCUCUAAGGUUUAAAUAGGAGCCCGAGUGAACUUCGGUAUUGUUAGUUAAGAUUUUAAAUCUGUGAAUCUCAUAGUAUUUAUUGCUACCACUUACUCUUAAUCCAUUAUGUUAUAUUUUUUAUUAAUAGAUAUUAUAUUAUGUACAUUUUGAUGUAUAUUUUAUUAUUUGUCCGCUGUUAGCGGGCUGGUUAUGUUUUGAUGGUCACAUUUUUUUAUGAUUGUAAAAUUUGUUGUAUUUUAUCAGUUGAUUUGAAAAGAGUUUCUUACUUUUUUAUUUUUUUCCUUUUGACCAGAUUGUGAUUCACUUCAGUAGUUUAAGUCCAUAAAUUGUUGUUUGGUUUGAUCCAUUGAUUUCUAUAGUGUAAUAUUAUCGACAAAUAUUAAUAAAAAUACCUGCGUAGUUAAUUCCAUAAGAACUUAAAAUGUAUAUUUAUAACAAAAUACGUAUGGAAGUACAAUUGCAAAUAGGUCUUCGUCAUGACGAGCGUUGUGUUUUAUAUUUUCGUCUUCAAUAAUUACGAAUAUUUAAAUGUAGACGGUAUUUUUUGAUAAUUCUAGUUAAAAUACCAUGUCCAUGAAAUAGCUAACGAACAAAACGAACAAGAUUGUGGAUCGGUACUGCAUAAGGCGUGUUGUCCACCAAUCCCGAGUCAUCUGAUGUUCAAAAUUAUAUACGUAACGAUGAUACAUAUAAUAAAUUACAAUAAUGUGACUAAAUAUAAAUUUUACACGUAAUAUUAAAAGUUGAGUAGUUUAAGUGUAUUAUACAUAGGUAAAUAGGUUCGACUUUGUAUGAAGUAUUGCUAAGACUAGGUACCUACAACAUAACCCAAUGUACGGCGGAAUGAGCAGUUGUCGCAAAUUAUCAAGGCGCAAAGUCGAUGUCGUUAGUUCCUUAUUUUUCAACGAAAGUUAAAAAAGACACCGUUUGUCGAGUGCGAAACGGUGGCGAAAUUAUGUUUCCUGCAAUUUUACGUAGCCAUAUGCACAUUUGAAUUUUCCAGCCCAGUAAUUUCAUACAUAAAAUGCCUACAAACGGUAUUACAAAAUGGAGCUUGAAUGAAGCUCGAAAAUAUCCGCGUAUUUCUUUUCGCGAAAACGUGAGCUUCUUAACAUAGCAGAUUUUGAAAUUACUCCACACACCUUAUUCGCUUUCAAUUCCACGUUGUGCCAAAAUACAUAAUUAAAAUAAUUUAUUAACACGAACAUUGAGUUAUUCGUUCCGCGUCCAAAAAAACUGUUUAUACAUUUCUAUUCUUUCUAACUCUAUACGUAAUAACUGAGCAAAAAUUAGAAUUUUAAAACUUAGUCUUGAUAGUCACCAUUAUACGUAAAUUAAUGUCAGGGUAGAAUUAAAAAGAUAAAUUAAUAGAUAACUGUAUUGAAAAUUGGAGUCUUCGCUUAAUUUUUAUAAAGAUCAUCCUCUGAAUUAUCUGUCCACUGCUACACGAAAAUGUAUGUAUUGGUAACAUGAAUAUUUUAUGUCGUGAUAUCAUUAGGAGAAAUUUAAGUCGUCGAUAGAUAAUAAAACAAAUAAAAAUAGGUGUGUCUCUACCACAUUCUAUAAAUCUACAUAAAAUUAAUUAACAGGUCAAGUCGUAAUCAUUGUUGGUAAAAACAAGCUUUUGCAUCUCGUUAGCUAAUGUGUCAACAUUGACAGAUUUAGCCAAAAAAUUGGUCAUAACAUAUUAUCAUCAGAAAUUCAAAUCAUUUGAUAAUAUUUAUAGAUUAAUAAUAAAUCGUUUUACAUCAAAUAUCAUCGAAAACAGACCAUAAUCGAUACAAUAUCUUCACUGAAUGAGCAAAAAUGGCCAUCAGAAUACUAAUUUGGAUAAAUUAUGUCUAUUCGAUUUAUCUCGGCGACUUUACAGUAAUUAUUUAUAAUUAAUAAUUAUAUUUCAAUAUUGUGCACCUAAAGCAAUGGAUAAGUAGGUAGAUUAUGAGAUUUUAUAUAAUUUCCCGUUAAAUUUACCCUAGUACGAGUGCAAUAACUUCAAGCCCACAUUAAUUCAUUAAACCCGUAGUCCCCUUAAGAUUACGUACAUAAUAAGGUUGUCGUUAGUAAUAUAACUUUAUCCCAUCUUAUUUUUAAAUAUAUAUUAAAAAAAUCGAGAAGAAAAAUCGAACAAAAUGUACUUAAGUAACUUCGAGUUAAGUAGGCUUUAUAAAUUAUAAAACGCAUAGUUAUUAAAAUAUCGUAGACACUUGUAAUAAAAGUUAAGCGUAAAUCCGAUGGUUAGUAAUUGAAUUAAAAAAGCGCUUAAAAAUUAUUUAGUAUCUAUUGUAGACGGUCAUUUGGAAGGUGAAUAGCUUCUGAGACGUACACACUGUAAACCCAUACGAAAACGAACUUACAUAUUAAACAAUACACAUAGUGUGUAUACGAAAUAAAUUGUUAUGACUGGAUUGAACAAGGUUGUUUUAUCUGUUUUCAAUUAUUGUUGGGACUGUGCAAAAAGAUGACGGAUUUCGAAGUGUCAAGCAUCUUCCUUUUAACUAUCAAUUAAGUUUCGUGUAUAACAAUAGGUAAAUCUUGUAACAUAGUAACGAUUCGUGUGUAGGUAUGUACGUCCGAUGAUUUAUGCCAGGUACACUUUAUUGUUUCUGCCUCAUAAAGAACUGUAAUUCACGGUGAAACAAUGAGCAAUUUGCUAAAUAGAUUAUAUAUGUCCUCCAUCCAUAAUGCUGUCUUGCCAUAUUGCUAGUGUUUUGUAGACUGCAGGUAUUAAUAUACCUAACCGAACAUUAAAUAUAUCAAUAUUAAUAUUAAUUAAAAAUAACUUUUACAUUAGUUUAUCUCGUCUUUUCCCAGUUUAAUUCCAAAAUGUUCAUCUUUGUAUACUUCGUUUUGUCAUGUCUGUUUCGUUUCGUUUUAAUCUUUGUUGCGUUGUCCAAGUUAUAGUAUUUCCAUUUUGGAUGUUCUUUUAUAAGUUUAUGAAUAACAAGACUUCCGUUUAUUAGUUGUUAUAUCCUAAAAACGAUCAAUUUUUAUCUUUAAUAUAAAUGUAGCUAUGUAUCUAUGUACCUAUAUCUAUAUUUUUGAAUAUAGUAAUUAAAAUCGUCUUAAAUUUAAGUAACUGUAAAUAGUCGUGAAAGUUUUAUGUGGCGCAUUAUUUUUUGUUUAUAUUUUUGUUUUAUGUUAUGUAUUUAUGUAUUGAGAUGUGUCGUAUGCCUGUACAAUUUGACCAUGUUAAAAGGACACUUGAUAUCUAGUAAGCACUAAGCGUGCAGAGUUCAAGAGUUUUUGUUCUUUCCGACAUGGUUGUGAGUCGUACGCGACUGUUACGGAAAGGUCUUAUUUGAAUGGAUGUAGUGAAUAUUGUUUUGCCGUCUAACUUAGCUUGAACUUCGAUUGAGUACAUUGGUGAUCUGUAUUAACGUGGUCAAGUGUGAGCUAAUGGUACGAUUUAACGUGACUAUGUCGUGUUAUAUAAGCAAAUAGUUGGGUGAUUGUAUAUGAAGCCCGCAUUCAAUAUUGUAAUAUUAAUUUCAAAAAUUCAAGAGAAUAAAGAGUUAAUAAAACUAUG